GCAAGGAUUACAAAAACAAAAAUUUCGUAAUUUUAUUUUUCUUGGACGCAUUAAGUACUAGGUUUGAGUUUUUUUUUCAGCAAGGACUCCACGGGUAGUAUUUAAAUUAUUUAGAUACGAAUGGAUUCCUAUAAAAUUUCUUAGAUGACCAAAAAUUUUAUCUUUGUAACAAAGGUAACAAUUUGGACCUUUUAUUCUGUCAUAAAAUAUGGUGGAUGAGGAACAAUAUGUUAUCUAAACUUUUUGAAUAUAACGAAAAAGAAUUUCCCUCAUUAAAAAUAUAUACAGCCUUCUGACUUUUACACACAAGAUAAAUGUCUCGUUUUUUUGAAGAUAAAAUAAUAUUUCUCCUCUCUAAAUGAGUGGAGAAAAUUAUUAAUUUCAAAAAGUAUGAAAAAAAUAAUCCACAAAGAUGUGUCGCACAGUACACGCGUUGCUCCAAACAAUAAUAUGUGGAAUCCAAAUGUUAGUACGGGUCUUCAUGACCGUCAUCUUGAUGAUAGAGAAUGUAAUCAGGAUGCUAUUACAAACGCUAUACAACUUUAUAUCAUUUCUGCUCCAAAUGAUUUCGCUAAUUCCAAUAUGCGUCGUAUUUCUGCUCACAGCAAGACUUAAAUGCUUCAUGUGUGGUGGCGGGGGCCCCUGCCCUGUUAACAGGGGGGGCACCUGUGACUGCUUGAUGUCUUUACUGGCUUUCGUAAUUUUAUUCUUCAUAUUCCGAGCGACGGGUGUUCUCGACAAGAUCUUUUAUAGCCUAGGAUACGCUAAAGCUCCACCGUAUGUUUACAAAUUUAUGCCUACUCAAGGUGACAUAACAGAGUGCUCCAGAAACGACACAGAUACAACACUCACACCGACAAUGAUGAUGACAAUGUCAAUGACAGACUCCACCACGGAAACUACAACACCGGACCUACGGCUUGAUAGUACUUCUACUACUAAUUUUAUGGUAGGUACUAUGCCAUCUGCAAUGAUGCCUUCUGGAAUGAUGCCUUCUGGAAUGAUGACUUCUGGAAUGAUGCCUUCUGGAAUGAUGACUUCUACAAUGAUGCCUUCUCCAAUGAUGCCUUCUGCUAAGCCUAUGGUCACCCCUACUGUUCCAACAUCUACAAAUCUCCUUCGGUCUGCAGCUGACGUUGACCCAACAGCCACGGCUAUUGAAAUUUCUGAACUGACAACAAUGGCUGGCCGUGCUUUAAAGCCAAACACUACCAUUCAUCGGCGCUGGACAACGGUAUUUUAUUACUUCGUAUGACUUUGUAAGUUCUUAUAUCUAUGUAACUGUGUCUGUUUUUUAAUGUAAUAAAUCGGUUUGGUGA